GGAAGUGGUGCACUAGUGUGUGCGGUGUGCGUGCAGCAGAAUCCUAACAAAUAAUCGCUAAGCGAUACAGUCUGAGCCCGUGCGCCUUAGCGGAGCGCACGCACGCGACAAUCGCGUGCGGUCGCUAAAGCGACCGGUAGGGAAGCCCGCGAGCCUCUAGACGGUGGAAUUGCAUCAGCAGCACGUGCGAGUGAACUUGAGCUCGACUGUUCUUGGUAGCUGGAAAACUCGGUCUACCGGAAGGAGUAGAUUUGAAAGGCUGUCUUGCAUGUUUGAAAUGCAACAAAUAGCUGAGUGAUGACUGAAUAAAUAAACACGGUGGAUUUAGAAUUUAGGAUGCUUUGAUUCUUAACGUUUGGCAGACGCGCGCGUAUCAGUAGGUGUACUGGGAAGAGACCUUAGUCCACACUAGCACCUCCACUCGAGCGACGUGCUUCACACCCAGAUGGCCGGUAAACCACAGCUGUUGUCAAAGGCACGUGGUGUGUGCACUGGCGCUGAUAAGGGAAACAACUCAGUUGUCAGUUUUCUUCAUUAUUGUUAUUGGGCCCACAGGCUCCUGCUGUCCGUUUUCUUCAUUGCAGUACUAUUUAUCGAUUUCAUUGCUCCUUUUACAAUGGCACUAGUUAGCCAUGUCAUGUACUGGGAAUGGCGGAGAUAAUUUAUUAUUAUUGUUAUUAUCUUUAUACGGCGCGUUUCAAGGAGCCAGAGACGCCUACGAUAGUCAGUACAUAAGAGAAACACACUGGUGUCCAAAACGGCAAGUGCAACUCACAGAACAUCUAACCACACCGCCUCAUCUGCUGGCUUCCACCUACACGAACACGUGGCAGAGAACCACGGGUGCGUUCAGGCGCGCGGAUUCACGCAGAUCUGCGCGGUCGCGCGUCUGUUCACGCGGCGAACUCGCCGUUUCAUCGCGUGCCUUGAACGCUGCAUUCUUACCAGGAAAUCCACCUCGGCUUUACCUAGCACGAGCCUGCGCGCCUAGUUACCCUGCCGGUAAGGUGAAGAUGUUUGGUGGCGUGACGUAUCAGCAACGGGACUACGCCUGGAGUACCGAACACGUCAACACGGCUUUACGAUGAGCUCAGAGAAGCCGUCGUUGCCUGGAGACGAGCUGGGGGUGGAGACAGAAGCGAGCUCAGUGACUGUACCUGAAGCCCCAUUGGAUGCGGGGCGUGAUGGAUGGGACAGUAAGGUGGAGUACUUCCUGGCUCAGGUUGGCUUUAGUGUCGGACUGGGCAAUGUGUGGAGGUUCCCCUACCUGUGUCAUCAGAACGGGGGAGGAGCCUUUCUCUUGCUCUAUGUCUUGUUAAUGGUGUUGGUUGGUGUUCCGUUGUUUUUUCUGGAGUUGGCUGCAGGCCAAAGCAUCAGACAGGGCAGCAUCGGCGUGUGGAGGCACAUCUCACCAAAGCUUGUUGGGAUUGGCUAUUCCAGCUGUGUGGUGUGUUUCUUUGUGGCUUUGUAUUAUAAUGUAAUCAUCGGAUGGAGUAUUUUUUACUUAAUGAACUCAUUCAAGAAUCCGUUACCAUGGGAACAGUGUCCAAAAGAGGGGAACACCACAGUUCCAGAAUGUUCCGCCAGCAGUGCAACGUCGUAUUUCUGGUUCCGGAAAGCUCUGGAUGUGAGCGACUCCAUCGAGGAGACUGGGGAGUUUAACCCCGUCAUCACCGGCUGCCUGGCUGCUGCCUGGCUCAUUGUCUGCUUAGCUAUGUACAAGGGCAUCAAAUCCUCCGGAAAGGUGAUGUAUUUCUCCUCGAUUUUCCCGUAUGUGGUGCUAUUGUGUUUCCUGAUCAGAGGCCUUAUGCUUGAUGGAGCAGCAGAGGGAGUCAAAUACAUGAUCUACCCCAGGCUUGAGCUCUGGAGGGAUGUGCAGGUAUGGAGACAGGCAGCUACUCAGGUCUUCUUUGCGCUGGGUUUGGGCUUUGGUUCAGUCAUUGCGUACUCCUCCUACAACCCCCGCAACAAUAACUGCCACCGCGACGCCAUCACCGUGGCAACUAUCAACUUCCUGACGUCUGUCCUGGCCUCCCUUGUAGUGUUUGCUGUGCUGGGCUUCAGGGCCAAGACCAUCGCCAAGAACUGCAUCACACGUAAUCUGAAGCUGGUGGUCGACAUGGGCUCAUCCUCCAUUACUCUUCCUCCUCUCCUCAUCAAUGUGACAGACAUGUCUGUCUCUCUGCAGCAAUAUGCACACUGGUACAGUAACCAAGGCAACCAGCUGAACAUCGCUGGCUACAACCUCACGUCCUGUACGAUGGAGGAAGUGAUGCAGAAGGGUGUGGAGGGCACAGGUCUGGCGUUCAUUGCCUUCACCGAGGCAAUGACUCGGUUUCCAGCGAGUCCCUUCUGGUCUGCGCUGUUCUUCCUCAUGCUCCUCAACCUCGGCCUGUCCACCAUGUUCGGAACCAUGGCGGGAAUCUUAACGCCCCUCACAGACACCUUCACCAAACUGAGGAAACACAAGCUCUGCUUCACAGUGUGCAGCUGUGUGCUGGGCUUUGUGAUUGGUCUGUUGUUCACCCAGCGCUGUGGGAACUACUUUGUGGUGAUGUUUGAUGAUUAUUCUGCCACGCUGCCUCUGAUCAUCGUGGUCGUGUUCCAAACCUGGAGCGUCGCCUGGGUCUACGGGGCAGACAGGUUCCUGGCGGACAUCAGACAGAUGUUGGGUCGGCCAGUGAGUGUGGUGUAUAAGUAUCUGUGGAAGUACGUGUGUUUGCUGGCCAUGCUGGGUCUGCUCGGGGCCAGUCUGCUUAACAUGACCAUCAUCAGACCGCAGUACACCGCCUGGAAUAGGGACAAGGCUGCCGAGGUGAAGCUGGCGUAUCCCACCUGGGCCCUGGUGGUUCUGUCCUCUCUCAUCAUCAUCUCAGUACUUCCUGUUCCUGUUGGAUACCUCAACGCCCGCCUCCGCCAGCGUUUCAACCAAUCUGCUCUGGGUGCUGAGGCAAGUUACGCCCCCUGCAGCACUACAGACAUGGACUGCGCCCCUCUGAGCACUCCAUUGGUUGGUGAUGUGGAUUAUUCCACUGCACUGGCUGAGGAGAACUACAGGCUCCACCCACAGGGACAGGAAGGGGAGGAGUCUACAGUGUGACCCCAACACAGAGUGACAGGACAGACACCUGGAACGUUACUGGAGACACGCAUGUGGAGAGACACUCACUGGGUGUGUGUGUGUGUGUGUGUGUGUGUACGUACGUACAUGCCUGCUUGCUGAUACAGGUGUGGUGCUACUUGAAUUGAUUAAAUUAUUCAUUUCCAUUCCACCCAGUCAAACGUGGGAACAACUUUACAAGGUCAUAUAAGCAUAUGUUCAGCACAAAUGUGCAGUUUACAGAAGUGUUACAUGUGCUUUACACGGGCUUAAAGUGUCAAACUACCCUCACUGUUUUCAGCAGGGUGGGACAUGCAGACCCAGUUGUUAUUUAAUCGUGUGUUGUUGUGUGUUUUAAAUGUUGGUGUCAGUACUCCAGUAAAAGCCACAGACAUCCAGCUAACAUCUUUAACCCUUCAACGUCUGCCGUCAUUCUGAUAUGGUAACGCUGGCAUUGGCGCUCCCACACAAACAGGAGCAGCUCUGCCGUGACUUUGGUGUGACUCUGGUGCCCCCCUGUGGUGUGGAGCCCACUUGGCUCACCAGUAUCCAGGUCUCUUAGCCAGCAGAGUCUAGCUAGCUAACAGUCCCACCCUUUGCCAGUAGGGCCCAGCUAGGCGUUGGCACUUGGCCUGCUGUUAUUCGCUACAAAGGUUUGUUUGUGCUACUAAGAUGUUUUAAAUAUCAAGAGCAAAAAGCUUGCUACGCUGUUGAACAGGACCAAACAAAGCCAUGGACGCAUUCUGGAAACUUCUAGCGGCUAUUUUAUAAAUGUGCCGAGAGAGAUCUGUGCGUUAUUUUAGUUAUUUUACAUUUUGUAAUAUUUCCUUGUUUUUUGGUUGUAUUGAUUUUGUUUAUGAAUUCAACAACACGCUGCAAAAUCAUACCCGUCUGUUGUGACGAGCAAUUCAGCCAAAAAAGAUCUUACUGCAGCUGAUCCUGGACCAGCUCCCUCUGCCUUUAUACCACCACACUGCCAUCUCAGACAUCAUAUUCUACACUGUCAGCAUGAGACAUUUUUUCCCCAUUUCUGUUUAGAUUUAACAGCCAACAAGGAGCCAAUCUGUAUUCAUAGGUCAUUCAUAAAUAUUCAUUCUGUAUUCAUAGGUCUCCUAUAACUGUCAGAACUUGGUCACAAUUAUAAAUCUAAAGAAGGUCAAACUUUGUAACUUUUAGUCUGCACUGUUGAGUUAAAACACAGACACAGUCCUGCCCUCAUCUGAACUCUGUUGAGAGCUGCAUCUUUAGGCUCCUGAGGUUUCGGCUCCUCAGGAGGGUGAGCGUCGCGAUGUAUGUACCACUAGAGACGUUGGAACGCUGCUCAAAUCAACACUGAGGGUAGCAAAGUUUCACUUGUAAGCUCAGUUAGUCAGCUAGUAUCCGUGGGAACAGGGCAGCUGUGGGGUUUUUUUUUUGUGUUUACACAUGUGCCACCGAUGAUGGAGCAACUCAGACUUCAUUAGAGCCAUUGUUAGAUUUGUCUGCCAUUAGUUAUUCAAAUAUUCUAAGAGCUCAUUAAGACAAACACGAGUGUCACUACUGUGUUGUGAUGUUUGAGUCUUCCUUCCAUAGACCAGUCAGUCUUUUUUUUCCAGUGAUGUAUAUUUUCUUUCUGUAAACAUGUUAAAUGAUAUUAUGCACCAGUUAGCAGAUAUUGGCACUAUGGGAUCAGCACAAAGGCCAUGUGACCAAGCAGGGAUCCUUUCUGCCUUGCUACACUGCACUUAACACUGCUGUAUAAAACCUUCAUAUACAGCAGACUAUGAACUCUUGUAAACUUUGAACUCUUGGACACAGUAUUUGAAUGAAUAUCCUCAAAUUGUAAAUGUCUUGUGUGUGCUUUGAACCUUUUGAUAGUAUGAAUUUGGUUUUGUUUCGUAUUGGCA